GAAAACAAGUGGCGGCUGAGUGACGGGGUGUUUCCUUCCUGAGGGGCUCCGCAGGGUUUCACCGUUAGUUAUUCAGGACAACAUGUUUGGUGUUAAACUUCAGUUCAACUCUUUGUGUCUCUGUCUGGUUUUAUCCGGAAUAACACUUGGACUUGGACAAGGAGUCAUCAGUGUGACAGAGGGCAGUGAAGUUGUUUUACCGUGUUCCCUCAGCACCAAGGAGAACAUCGAGUUCAAGCUGUUUGACUGGAAGAAAGCUGCUCAGAAAGAUCAACCUAGGAAGGAGGUGUUCUUCUAUGAUGCAGGCGACCAUUACAACAAUGGACGUGAAGGUCAGAGUGAGGAGUUCAAAGGUCGAGUCUUUUUUUCUCAAGAUGAGCUGAAACAAGGAAACGCCUCCAUAACCAUCAGAAACACAAAGUGGACUGACAGUGGAAACUACACCUGUGAUUUUCCUCGUCUGCAGCCACCUCAGAGAUUCCAGAUUGAACUUAUUGUUGGUGCAGCACCAAAGCCUCAUGUCAGUAUACUUGAUGAAACAGAUGACUGGUCUCUGCUGCAGUGUGAAGUUCGAGGUGCUUUUCCAAAACCUGAAGUAGAGUGGAGGGGCAGUUCUGGAAACAAACUUCCUUCUGUCGAGACCACAACAGAGAGAGAUGGAAAGUUCUACGUCACUCUCAACACUACUGUAUACAAGACCGACAAAUAUCGCUGCGUAUCCACACAGACGACAAUCAACCAUCAGAUUUACUCUGAGAUCCACGUGGUCAUUAGUGGUGCAGCACCAAAGCCUCAUGUCAGUAUACUUGAUGAAACAACUGGUUGGUCUCUGCUGCAGUGUGAAGUUCUAGGUGCUUUACCAAAACCUGAAGUAGAGUGGAGGGACAGUUCUGGAAACAAACUUCCUUCUGACGAGACCACAACAGAGAGAGAUGGAAAGUUCUACGUCACUCUCAACACUACUGUAGACAAGACCGACAAAUAUCGCUGCGUAUCCACACAGACGACAAUCAACCAUCAGAUUUACUCUGAGAUCCACGUGGUCAUUAGUGCGAAGCUCAUAUGGCUAAUCGGAGGGUUGUUUCUCGGAUCGGUGCUUUCUGCAUUGGCUGUUCUAGCUGGGUUCAAACGUCAUCAGAUAAUGAGAAUAUGUCGCAAAAAAGGUAAGUUUAUACAGAGAGCCGCCGACUUGUAAAAGUAAGCUACCGUCAGAGUUCAGGCUGUUCAGGAUGAAUGUUCAGGAGAUCUCAGGGUUCGUCUGUAAAAACCAUUCAGACAGAAUCUUUAGUCAACCUUCACUGUUAACGGUUUGACAACAGACUUUUGAAAGAUGGAACAAAAAUCAAGCUUUUAUUGUGUGGGCCACAAAAAUAAUUUCUGUGUAUAUAAAGUUGACUGUAUGUAAUAUUUUCUUUUCUUUUCUUUUUUCAGUUGACCUAGAACCUGGCAAGGCCCGAGAAGGUGAGCCAUGAUGAUGAUAUCUAUCUCUUCCUUUCCUUCCUGCUGGUCCAAGGAACUCUUUCAUUCAGAUCCACACACCUUCAGAUAAACACACCUUCAGAUAAACACACCUUCAGAUCCACACACCUUCAGAUAAACACACCUUCAGAUAAACACACCUUCAGAUCCACACACCUUCAGAUAAACACACCUUCAGAUAAACACACCUUCAGAUAAACACACCUUCAGAUAAACACACCUUCAGAUAAACACACCUUCAGAUAAACACACCUUCAGAUAACACACCUUCAG